AUGUCAGAAGAAAAAAUUAAUAAUCAAUAUGAACAACUUAAAUCAAAUACUUCAUCUGCUUCAUCAAAAGCAGCAAUCACCACAUCACCAAGUGUAGUUACAAAAAACAUAUUUUCAAUGAAAAAUUUUGUUAUUACCAAACAAACAUCCCCUCAGACCAGCAAUAAAGUGAUAUUCAAUCUUCUGGAGAUGCACACACCCGUAUUAACUACUGAUGCUGAAAACAUGGAAACGGACAGAGCCAUUGAUGAACCAAAAAGUCCUGAUAUCUGUUUAUUAAUACCAACAACUACAAAUGAUUUUCAAGCGAUAGAUGAUAGUGUAGUAGUUUCUCAACACAUGUCAGACCAAUCUCAAAGUGACACUUCUUCCGAUACAACAAAUAGUGAGAGUGAUGAUACAGAAGAUAGCAAUUGUAAUAUUAAUAAUGCUGAUGAUGAUAUUAUUGUACAACACAAGCACACAGAUAUUAGUCGCCCACCAAUAGUAACAAAAUCUAUAGCCGGUGUUCGUUUUAUUAACAGUCAAGAACUAUCUUUUGUUGAUAAACAACGUGCUCAACAUUCGAACAUCAAAUGGUAUCCGGAACAACAUUCCAAAGAACAACAGCAUAAAACGAUUCAUAAACCAAAUUGUAGUGAAUUUGCAUCAGAUCAAGCAAAAAUCGAACGAAGUGGUGGUGCAUUUAUUGCUAGACCUUAUUGGAAACUGGAACAUACAGGUAUUCGUGAGCAUGAACAAAGUGAUUUGUAUCGACAAUCAAAAGAACGGCGUAUUAUUGGAAGAACUAUUCGUAAUAAAGGAAAUGUUGUUGAUCAAAUGCGCUGUGUAAACAUGCAAAAACAAACGGAAAAAUAUUUAUCCAUAUUAAUACAAGCAAUUUGGUACAUUUUGACAGAAGAAAUCGCUCUCAUGAAAUUUAAAUCAUUGAUACAAUUCUUACAACGAGUUGAAUGUCCAGGGAUUGUUGAAUGGAUGAAAUUGUCUAAUGUCAAACAAAGAUAUUGGGGUCACGAAGCUAUUUCAGAAUGGCUCUUAUCGAUAAACAGUUACAUACAACAACAACAAAUGCAAUCUAUUAGAAAAUCAAAUUACAUAAAUAUAAUUGUAGACGAAACACAAGAUAUUUCAAUACAAAAAAUGGUGUCAAUUUGUUUGCGAUAUGUUGAACAAGAUACAGGUACAAUUGAAGAGGAACUAUUUAAAAUUAAGCCAAUAUUUGAUACUACUGGUGAAGGCUUUUUUCAUAUAAUUCAAUCAUUUGUUGAUCAGUUAGAAAAAGAUGCUCACAAACAGUUUAUUAUCACUGGUCAAACAUAUGAUGGUGUAUCAUCAAUGAGCAAAAAAGGGCAUACAAUACCCAAACCAAGCAAUACGCGAUGGACUUAUAAUUAUGAAACAGUACGAUUUGGUGUUAAACAUUAUUUAUCGAUCGUUCAAACUCUGACCACUAUCUCUCAACUGAAAAUAGAUGGAGCGUCUGAUGAUAAAAGAUAUGCAAUUGAUUUAUUACAAAAUCGAACAGCUUUUAAAAUAAUUCUUUUAAAAAAUAUUUUACAACCGGCCAUGAAAUUUCUUCGACAAAUAGAAACAAGGGUAUCGUGCAUGGACAAUUUUACAAUGCACGUGGAUGCAGCCGUAGCUGCAAUUAGUCAAACGGUGAAAGAGUUUGAUUUUAUUUCAUUACGAACGUUAAUGAAUAAUGUACAACAAUAUAUGCCAACAAUACUUUCUACAACUCACUCGACGAGAUCCCGAGCACCAGCACAAGCAGUACUCAUUCAGCAAACUUUUGAUGAAAAUGAGUUACGAGAAAGUGGAGAACAAAUAGUGGCGAGUGUUCUACAAUCAUUGAACGCAAAAUUUGAUCGUGAAGCUAUAGAAUUGAUUAAAAAUUUCUCCAUUCUAUCAACACCAUCGAAGAUGACUGCUGAUGAAUUAUUAAACAACGAAUCGAUACAGAAAUAUACAAAAGAGAUCACAUAUACACACAUUAGUGUCGAUAACAAGGUAUAUACAAGGACAGAUCCACCAUUGUUAAACAUCUACAAAUUAAAAACAGAUGUUCAUUCAUUUCUAACAUUCACAAAAGAUAAGACAACAAUUACAUCAAUAUUAACACAUUUAGCCAAAUAUGGAUAA